AUGGCGCUGGGAGGGGCCUUCGGUAUCUUUAUGGCGCUCUGCCUGUCUUGCCUGCUCAUCCUGAUCGCUUGGAAGCGGACCAGUAAGGGAGGAAAGCUGCCCCCCGGCCCCACACCAAUACCGUUUUUGGGGAACCUGUUACAAGUCCGCAUUGAUGCCACAUUUCAGUCCUUCCUGAAGCUCCAGAAGAAGUAUGGCUCUGUGUUCACCGUGUACUUCGGUCCAAGGCCAGUGGUUGUCUUAUGUGGACAUGAGGCAGUGAAGGAGGCCCUGGUGGACCAGGCAGACAACUUCAGUGGCCGUGGUGAAAUGCCUACACUAGAGAAGAACUUCCAAGGUUAUGGUUUAGCUCUGUCCAAUGGAGAACGAUGGAAGAUUCUUCGUCGUUUUUCCCUGACCGUCCUUCGAAACUUUGGGAUGGGGAAGCGGAGCAUUGAGGAACGGAUCCAGGAGGAGGCUGGCUACCUACUGGAGGAACUCCAUAAGGUCAAGGGAGCUCCCAUAGAUCCCACCUUCUACCUGAGCCGCACAGUGUCCAACGUCAUCUGUUCCGUCGUCUUUGGAAAACGCUUCGACUAUGAGGACCAGCGUUUCCAGAGCCUCAUGAGGAUGAUCAAUGAGAGCUUUGUGGAGAUGAGCAUGCCCUGGGCGCAGUUAUAUGACAUGUACUGGGGAGUCAUGCAGUAUUUUCCAGGAAGACACAACCACCUCUACAACUUGAUAGAAGAGCUUAAGGACUUCAUUGCAUCCAGGGUCAAGAUCAAUGAAGCAUCCUUUGACCCCUCAAGUCCUAGGGACUUCAUCGAUUGCUUUCUCAUCAAGAUGUACCAGGAUAAAAGUGACCCGCACUCAGAAUUCAACCUCAAGAACUUGGUUCUCACCACCCUCAACCUCUUCUUUGCUGGCACGGAAACUGUGAGUUCCACUUUACGAUAUGGAUUCUUGCUGCUGAUGAAGUACCCCGAGGUAGAGGCCAAGGUCCACGAGGAGAUUAACCAGGUGAUCGGAACACACCGUGUCCCAAGAGUGGAUGACCGGGCCAAAAUGCCCUACACUGAUGCUGUCAUACAUGAGAUACAGAGGUUGACAGACAUUGUGCCCCUAGGUGUCCCCCAUAAUGUUGUACGGGACACUCAUUUCCGAGGCUACUUUCUACCCAAGGGUACAGAUGUGUAUCCCCUGAUUGGCUCGGUUCUCAAAGACCCCAAAUACUUCCGCUACCCAGAUGCUUUUUAUCCUCAACACUUCCUGGAUGAACAGGGGCGUUUCAAGAAGAAUGAUGCUUUUGUGGUCUUUUCCUCUGGAAAGCGCAUCUGUGUUGGGGAGGCCCUGGCCCGCAUGGAGCUCUUCCUGUACUUCACCUCCAUCCUUCAGAGAUUCUCCUUAAGUUCCCUGGUGCCUCCUGCUGAUAUUGACAUUGCCCACAAGAUCUCAGGCUUUGGCAACAUCCCCCCGACUUAUGAGCUCUGCUUCAAGGCUCGCUGA